AUGGAAGAGGAGAAUGAGAAGUGGAAAAAGGCAGUGGUGAUGUAUGUCAUUGGAGUGGCACCAUCAAUUGGAACCAUGGAGAGAUUCAUAGCCUCGAAUUGGAAUUUUGCUGCUAAACCUAGAGUAUACUAUCACAAUGAGGGCUAUUUUGUGGUGUUGUUCAAUACAAUUGAGGACAAGAAUGAAGUCUUGUACACAGGACCACACACAAUAGGUAAUAAACCUAUUAUACUUAAAUCAUGGACUGCUGAUUUUAACUUCUAUGAUGAAGUGUUGAAAGAAAUUCCAUUAUGGGUGAGCUUUCCAAAUUUGCCAUUGAAUUGCUUGGGGAAGAUCACACUAAGUAGGAUAGCAAGUAUUUUAGGAUGUCCAAUCUAUGCUGAUGAAUGCACCUCUAGUGCAGCUAGAAUUUUAUAUGCUAGGGUGCUUAUAGAGAUGGACAUAUCUAAAGAACUUCCUACGAGUGUUGUGGUACUGGAUCCAACGGGGAAGAAUUUUGAGCAGAAAGUUGAAUAUGACUGGGUUCCAACCUACUGCCAAAAAUGUUGUAUGGUUGGACAUGAUUGUAGCAAUAUGAAGGGACACAGGGAAACACAAGACAGAACUCAGGGGUACGAAUAA